CCAGGUGGUCAGUGAGCACGGUACGCCCUUAGCAAUACGUCAAUAGUGAUUUCGAGAAAAUCUUGACAGGUAAGGAAUGUCAGUCAUAGUUUCCAUGGCAUCAAAACACAACUAUACUGUUGGAACACACAGCCACACACACCAGGCAACACCUCCGCAACUCGUCGUCUUAUACACAACAAACUAUCAUUACUAUAGAACACUGCUUCAUAAUUACCUAAGAACAACAAUAAAGAAUAAUUUGAUAGAAAUAAAAGUAAGGUCCCUACAUGAUAAGAACGACCAUGACCUUCAUAGUUACCGGAUUGUUAGUGGCAACACACGACUACUACAGCCCUAUCGACCCAGUGUGCUGUGAGCUACUGCCCAUCGCGGUUAAGACAAUUACAAGUACUAAUGUCCGUUUUAUUAGUGUGACUUCAUCAAUUUCUUACAGUGUGAUGAUCUAUGUUCAUCAGUGUUGUGGUGCAGAAUGGUGAUGGGCGGGUGUGGGUAUCUAACAUGAGUGUUGCCCCUGCCUACACCCGCACAGUAGUCCACGUUAGAAAAGACAGACGCGAGCCUUUCCAGCCAGCGGAGUUCGGCUUGUGUCUGCUCGAUUACUUCGACAUCUAUGACGAUUUUGGCAGAGUGGAAUGUUAUAUUAACGAUAAUAUCGUUUACCUCCAGCCUCCCCCUUCACCACCCCAGGGGAGGCACACUCACACUUCCGGGGGACAAGAUGAUCAACACAUGGCGUUUAGGUUUCAGCACCCACCCUUCUGCGUUGCCCACAAAAUCAAAGCGGAUGAGAAGGCAGCGCUGCCCCCGGAGAUCCUGGGUCGUGGUGUGGACGUGGGCGUGUGUAUCAUACUGGAGACUGCUGACGAUCGCCUCCUUAUGACUCGCCGUGCCCCACAUAUGAGAACCUUCCCUGGCGUGUGGGUCCCUCCCGGCGGCCACGUUGAGGAGGGAGAGACGCUCGAGACUGCAGGACUGCGGGAGGUGCUGGAAGAGACGGGUCUGUUGGUGUCGCCGGAAGAAGGGGAGGCGGGGUGUCGAAUGCUCGGACUGUGGGAGUCACUCUACCCCCCUGUACUGUACAUGGGGAAGCCUAAGAGGCACCACCUAGUCGUCUACCUUCACCUACAGGUGUCCCUCACUAGCUAUGAGCUGCAACAGAGGCUCAAGUUGGACAGUAGCGAGGUAGACGCCUGUCUGUGGUUGACCAAGGAAAUGGCGGAGCUGGUGGUGUUUGGGUCUUCCAGGAGAGCCAGUCAAGACAUACCCAUCACCCUCAUCAACAGAGAAGGAGAACAAUCGAUGGGCAUCCUCAAUCCAAAGACACUAACGAAGAAGAUGCCCGAGCCAGGUUUCGAGGUGGAGCGCCUUACUACUGGCACGAGGUCAGGUCAGCAUGGUCACUCGUGUCAGAUAAGGUAUGCAUUGAAAUUGUGGUUGCAGCAGCAUUACAUGGGAGGGAGACAAAGUGGCCGUCAGCUCCUCGGCCAAACCAGGAUAAAUCAGGUCAAGAUGGGGCGACAUGAAUCUCCACUAUACACUCAAGGCCAACAUCGACUAUAUACCUCUGAACCUGCCACCACCCACCCCACUAACACCCACCACUAGCUACUGCAGGUCAUAACUACCAUCAUCCUGUAGCUGCUGUAGGUCAUGCCUACCAUCACCCUGUAGUUGAAGAAUAUUCAUGUAUGGGCUGAGAGUUAAUGCAGUAAACACAGAAGUAAUGGUGAUUUCCAAAGCAAAAGUAAACCCUAAAUUCAAUUUUAUAUUAGGUAACAGGUAUUUAAAUGGCUGGAAAAUAUUGUUUAUUUGGGGAAUAAAGAGAAGAGUAGCUCAAGCAAAAUAUGCAUUUGAGAAUCAUAGAGAGCUGUUGAAAGGAGCCAUAAUUAUUAGUUUGAGGAAAAAGAUUUGAUGUUAUGAAUGACCAGUACUAUUAAAUACUGUACAGGUCAGAAGUGUGGACACUUUCAGCACUUUGACUGAUUCGUGUAUUUCUCCAAUAAAAACUUGUGGUCCUUUAUUUCUCUUUUCCACUGUUAAAAUGUAAUACAAGGUCCUCUCAAGUACAGGCAGUCCCCGACUUACGAUGGGGUUAGGGACCCAAAUCCAGGGCGAAAGUCGAAUUGGUGGCAAGUUGAAAAUGCUUAAAUAAUACAUAGAAAAUCUAAAAUGGGUGUCUUUUUUUCUUCUCAGCACCACAAAACUCUCAAUUUUAAGCUUGCCAGCCAUUUUAAAGGGGAUUACAAAC